GGAGGGCAGGGGGCGGGGAGGAGGAGGAGGAAGGCGCUGGCGCGCGGGCAGUGAUGGCGGCGGGUGAUGGGGACGUGAAGCUAGGCACCCUGGGGAGUGGCAGCGAGAGCAGCAGCGACGGCAGCGGCGAGAGCCCGGGCGGCGCGGGAGCGGCAGCGGAAGGAGGCGGCUGGGCGGCGGCGGCGUUGGCGCUCCUGACGGGGGGCGGGGAGAUGCUGCUGAACGUGGCGCUGGUGGCGCUGGUGCUGCUGGGGGCCUACCGGCUGUGGGUGCGCUGGGGGCGCCGGGGUCUGGGCGCCGGGGCCGGGACGGGCGAGGAGAGCCCCGCCGCCUCUCUGCCUCGCAUGAAGAAGCGGGACUUCAGCUUGGAGCAGCUGCGCCAGUACGACGGGUCCCGCACUCCGCGCAUCCUGCUCGCGGUCAAUGGGAAAGUCUUCGACGUGACCAAAGGCAGCAAGUUCUACGGCCCGGCGGGACCAUAUGGAAUAUUUGCUGGUAGGGAUGCCUCCAGAGGACUGGCAACAUUUUGCCUAGAUAAAGAUGCACUUAAAGAUGAGUAUGAUGAUCUCUCAGAUUUGAAUGCAGUACAAAUGGAGAGUGUUCGAGAAUGGGAAAUGCAAUUUAAAGAAAAAUACGAUUAUGUGGGCAGACUGCUAAAACCAGGAGAAGAACCAUCAGAAUAUACAGAUGAAGAAGAUACCAAGGAUCACAAUAAACAGGAUUGAACUUUGUCAACAACCAAAGUCAGGGGCCUUCAGAACUGCAAUUCUUAACUCCCUUUCACAGAAUGCCCAGCGUCUUUGGGUUUGAUUCACCUCCUGCAAAAAACACUCAACAGGUUGUGUACAAGAUAAAUUUGAAUCUCACUAUGAA